GUGGCGGUGCCGCGGCGGCCGGAGGAUAACCCUUUAUCCUGACCUGGUUGAUGGUAUGGUCUCUGUUGUGAUGGCACAGGGCCUGGCAUGAGUGACCAGCUGGGAAACUGGGGAUGAAAAAGACGUGGUGAUGAAAAGAAGUUCAAGAGGGAAAAAGGAAAGCUAAGCACAAGAGGAGAGAAGAGAGGCAGAUAGAUGGAGAUGAGGAACAUCCCCCAAAGCAGCAGAAGGAACCAGCUGAAGAACAGCACUGGCCAGAGAAUAUGCCUGAAUGGGAAGAAAGGAAAUCCCUGCUAGCUCAGAGAAGAGUGGAGUCUGUCAGACUGCUUACAGUGCUGUUAAAUCGUGUGAAAUUGGCAAGUCAAAAAGUGGAUCCUUCACUGGGUGUAAAGAAGGACAAUUCAUUUUCUGAAACAGCAUUUAAAGACAUACAGCAGGAGCUGAUUAACUCCCUUUAUCGUACGCACAAAGAGCUGAAACGUGUGGAGUUUAAGUGCCCAUUAGCCCAAAAAGGUAGUGCUUUAUGCUGUGAGGAAGGAGAUGUGAGUAACUUCCAUGCACCUGCUUGUCACAUAGUCAGGACAAUUUUAAAUGAUGCCUCUGCAGCCCCGAGCUCUGAUGGACUGCCUGGCAGAGAUGUGUGCAACUCCUCCCCCAGAGGCUGCGCGCCCCUGCUGAUCACGGUCACCCAGCACGGCAGGGUCAUCCAACCUCUCCCUGGAAGGCACCACCCAGCACUGGAUGUAGUUCACACCCAGACAGUGUCUGAGGAAGAUGAUUGCAGAAAGCAAAAGGUUUAUGAGACUGAUGAAUUCAUCCAUUAUUUACUAAACUACUAUCAGACACCACACUAUGCACGUGUUUGCUUAGAGCCAAAAACCACUGUGAACAAGUCCCGGUGGAAGCGAGUGGUGUCUGAUGAUGGUGGUGGGUUUGACAGCAGCUUGAGUAACAAACAUGGUCAGCACUUCAGAGAAUUGAGUCCUGUACAAAACCUCCACAAGAGAAAUUGUAGUAGUGAUAGUAAUUAUAGCCUGGUGAUAACUCUUGGGGAACUUGAGUCAACAGACAAAGUGUUAGAAAGCAAGGUCUAUGGGGGCAAGCUUGCAAAAAAGCUGCAGGUGCAGAGGAAUGACUCACUCACUGUUGAUACUGUACCACAUGCUGGACUGAAUCAUUCUUUGGAGUGCACUACUGUUACUCAUAAUGAGGAAUUCAAACAAGAAGAUGGUAAAGAUGAAGGCACUGUACCAUAUGGAACAUGUAGAUCUGCUUGCAGAUUAAAGGAUUUGCUGGAAGAGAUCAGUGAUUCUGAGUGCUUUAGAGAGGCAUGUGGCAGCUCAGUGAAGAGAGCAGAAAGAAGGUAUGAAGAAAUUUACAGCAGUUGUAAUAAAGGGUGCUUGUCUGCAAGAGCUGGGGAAAGAGAAUUACUGGUUUGCCAUAAAAAUGUAGCUCUGGAAGGUCAAGAGAAGGAAAUCAGCCAAUGUAACUCCUGUUCUAAUUCUGUCCAUGAGGGCUUGGCAAGGCAGUGUGAACGUAAACUUAAAAAGUCAUGCAAGAGGUCUAGUAGUAAAUUAAGAUAUGAAGGAAAGAAAAGUGAGAGACAAUCCAGGGAAAAGGAGAAAAAUGCUCAUAAAAUGAAGAAAAAGCGAAAAAAGCUUUCUUCUAAUCUUUUAUCUGAUGAAUGUGGCUUUUCAGAGACGGACAGUUGCAUGCAGCUGGAGUCGCUCAGAAAGAUGCAGAGAAAAUGUAAGAAAAUAUUGCACAAAAAAGUGAAAUUCAAGACACAUCACACCUCUAUGGCAGAACCAGAUGUUACCCCUCAUGAUGGCUCACCCCUUCAGGAGACCCUCCAGAGGAGAGGAGAUGAGAGGAAAUUAAUGUUGAGAAGAGAGAUGGAUGCAGAUGUCAGAGGAUGCCCUCUAUUUCCUCUUGAGAUAAUUCAGACAAACCCCUUCUCAGAUACUUUCUGUGGAGGAGAGCCCAGAAGAGGAUGCUGAACAGCUACUGUAUUAUAGCGCUGAAGUUUUUAUAAACAAGUGGGAGAAGAAAGCCCUUUGAUCAUUAAAAGAAAUAUGAACUACUGGGUUGGUUUUUGAUUUUUUUUUUUUUAACAUAAUUCCUUUGGUUAGAAUAUCUAACUGGUGAAGUGAGCCACAGAAGCAGAAUUUGUGUUUGCCUUUUGGAUAACUUCUGGACCAAAACUUUCCCCAGAGCCAGAACAAACUUUCAUGGACUAGUGGCUAAAGAACUUGAAAGGACACAGACUGAGAUCUUGGAGCAUUACACUUUGAUUGAAUGCAGAGAAUCAUGUAAAUUGCAGUAUUUACUAAUAAUGAGUCAUUAGGAGAAAACCUAAUUGUCAAUCUUAGAGCAAGCAUAUGAAGUGCCUCCUCUAUCAGAUUGUUAUAUUGGUGGGACUGGAAGGUGUGGGGGACAUUUAUACUCAAUUUUAAGAAGUAAUAGAUUUCCAAAUGUGAAAAAAGUCCCAUCUUCUGGAAAAACCACACUAGAAGAAUCCUUGUUUUCUAUUCACAAUUCUAGAGGUGUUUCUGAAAACUUGCUGGCUUUUGGAGGAUUUCACUGAACUUAUGCUCGGUGUAGUGCUCCCAGGAAUCUGAAUGGUUGUCUAAGCAAAGCUCUGGGUGUUAGAUAAUGAAAGGGCAGUGCUUCUCAGCCUGCUGACAGUCCCCAUGUAAAUGCAGAUUGACAGUUCACAAGAUUUUGAAGGCACAUAUAGUGAGGUAGCUGUUUAGUAUGAGUUUGCCUACAAAUGCUUUCCAGAGGAAUUGUGAAAUGUUGUCAGAGUUGUGCUGCAUGUAAGAUAAAAAUGGGAAAAUGCAGUCUAGGAGCUUGAGUUAUAUCUGUAUUUAUUCAUCUGGCUAUAUCUAGAAGACAGCCACAAUUGCUUUUGGACGAAGUCCCUUAGCAAGGUACAGAGUUGAAGUUCAAUACACUGAUUAUUACAGCUUUCAUUUUAUUAUGCUUUAUUUAUUACAUGUCAGUAGACAAAGUUAAUGUGAAAAUGUUGCCUUCAUUACAUAAGAUCUUACCCAUGUUUGUAACUUCUGCUCUAAUAAAUAGUAAUAAAAAAGAAUAAUUGUAA